AGUCGCAUAGCUAGGAGCUUAGAUGAAAUAAAUGCGUGCCAAAUGCGAAAUGGAAGCUCAGAAUAAGCCAUUGCGAGAGUGUAAAGUCGUGGCGAAAAAAAUCGAGAGGUCUGUUCUUAGAAUGACCGGUGAAAUUCAAGAUGGUAACUUGAAUGACGUCGCAAGUUCCUUACCACUACAGUCCUCCAGCGCUGUAAUAGAAAUCGAACAAAAAUUAAAAGAGCCAGAAUACGCGCAAGCAAUGAUUACGUUUAUCCACAAAAUAAAGGGUUUGUCUGAGAACUUAAGCAGAGUUAUCCGGAGCAUUUUUUCUGACGAUGUGCUGGAGCUCUACAACUGGGACGGUACGUGGGAGAAAAUUGUUGCUAGUGGACAAAAUUUUGCGAGAAUUUAGUCGCAUAGCUAGGAGCUUAGAUGAAAUAAAUGCGUGCCAAAUGCGAAAUGGAAGCUCAGACUAAGCCAUUGCGAGAGUGUAAAGUCGUGGCGAAAAAAAUCGAGAGGUCUGUUUGUAGAAUGACCGGUGAAAUUCAAGAUGGUAACUUGGAUGACGUCGCAAGUUCCUUACCACUACAGUCUUCCAGCGCUGUAAUAGAAAUCGAAGAAAAAUUAAAAGAGCCAGAAUACGCGCAAGCAAUGGUAAAAA